AUGACUCAAGUGAGCAAGCGACAUCGACGAUUGGAAAAUCGAUUGGCCGACAAUGCACCAUGGCCUUACUUCAUCCACACUAACCCAACUACCGGUCUUCACACGGCCACGAAACAUCGUCAUUCGAAUCCGAUGCUCCUGAACUUCAAUCUUGUUACCGUUUAUAUCACGUCCUAUGGAGGUAGGGGGGCAAGUAAUAUGGAUGGUCCCAAUCUUACACAUCCAUCCAUCCAUCCAUCCAUCCAGUGCGCCAUCCUCGAUGACUCCCUUUACAUCGACGUUGAAUCUCUGGGUGAUGAAGAGUAG